UAUCAAGAGACAUUAAAAGAAUAGUUUGAUUUUCUUCAGGUAUUACCAUGGCCUUUGUCAAAGUUGAAUUAGGAGUCACUUCCGAAACCACAUAUUCUAUUGCAGGAAAGCAAAUUAAAUUUAAUAAUGGAGAAGAUAUUAAACCAUAUGUUGAAGAAUUAAAUAAAUUUAAUAAAGUUACAAAGAUUGAUUUCUCAGGUAAUACUAUUGGUAUUGAAGCUUCUAAAGUUCUUAGUGAAGCCCUUAUUGGUAAGCAUAAAGAUUCUAUAGUUGAAAUCAAUUUUUCAGAUUUAUAUACUGGUAGAUUAAAUACUGAAAUUCCUGAUUCAUUAGAAUAUUUAUUACCUGCAUUAUUAAAAUUGCCAAAUUUAAAAUAUAUUGAUUUGAGUGAUAAUGCUUUUGGUUUACAAACCAUUGAUCCAAUUGAAGCUUAUUUAGCUAAAGCUGUAUCUAUUGAACAUUUAAUUCUUUCAAAUAAUGGUAUGGGACCCUUUGCUGGUGCCAGAAUUGGAGGAUCUUUAUAUAAAUUAUCAAAGGCUAAAUUAGCUGCUGGUAAACCUUCAUUAAAGACAUUUAUUUGUGGAAGAAAUAGAUUAGAAAAUGGUUCUAUAAAUUAUUUAUCGGUUGGUUUAAGAAAUCAUAAAGAUUUAGAAGUAGUCAGAUUAUAUCAAAAUGGUAUUAGACCAGCUGGUAUUUCUAAAUUAGUUGAAAAGGCAUUACCUUUAAAUAAGAAAUUACAAGUAUUAGAUUUACAAGAUAAUACUAUUACUACUUCCGGUGGAGUAAAAUUAGCUAAUUCUAUUUCAUCAUGGGAAGAUUUAGUUGAAUUAAAUCUUAAUGAUGAUUUAUUAAAGAAAUCAGGAUCUUUUGCACUUGUUGAAGCUUUACGUAAAGGACCAAUCAGACCAAAAUUAACUACUUUGAAAUUACAAUAUAAUGAAUUAGAAGCUGAUUCAUUAAAACUUUUAGCCGAAAUCAUUGAAACUAAAUUACCAAAUUUAAAAAUCUUAGAAUUAAAUGGGAAUAGAUUUGAAGAGGAUUCUGAAUAUAUUGAAAAAAUCAAUAGUAUUUUUGAAGAAAGAGGUUUUGGUGAAUUAGAUGAAUUAGAUGAAUUAGAAGAUUUAGAUAGUGAAGAUGAAGAUGAAGAUGAUGAAGAUGAUGAAGAUGAAGAAGAUUCUUUAGAGGAAGAUCUUGAUUUGGAUGAAUUAGAAAAGGAAUUAUCCGGUAAGAGUCUUGAAGAGAAAGAUACUGAUGUUGAUGAAAUUGCUAAUGAAUUAUCAAAAGCUCAUCUUAAAUAGGUAAGUAUAUUUUGUAUAUGUAUAAUUAAUAGAUUUAAAGCAUAUAUAUUAGUAGUAGUGUA